GAAAAGUAUCUUCUCCGCGGCAAGCAAUCCGAAGGGUUUUGAUUCACGCAGCUUCGCGGAAUGUCUUUCAAUCCUGAACUCGCCUCUCAGUUUGACAUACCGGACCUCGAAAAGGAUAAAUUGGUAGGCGAAGUGAUCCGCUACAUCCUGUUCAAAACCGAGCAAAAUUCAGGCUGUCCGAUUAAGAGGGAGGAGCUGACUCAGUUGAUUACGGGUAAAGGGUAUAAGCAGAGAAAUUUCCCUUCUUUUGUAAUCGAUGAGGCCAAAUCGAAACUAUCUUCAAUCUUCGGGUAUGAAAUGAGAGAACUUCAGCGGUCUCGGCCUUCGGCGGCAGCCAAUACAGGCCGCGCUUCGCAAUCACAACAGUCUGUUGGUGAGGCGAAAUCGUAUGUAAUCAUAAGUAAGCUGCCUUCUGAUGUCUAUGGAAAAUUUGUAGAGGAUAAGGGUUCAGUACAUAUGCCAGGCUUAACUUUUGUUGUAAUUGGGAUAAUUCAUUUAGCAGGAGGCAGAAUUACCGAAGAAAAUCUUUGGCAUCAUCUAAAGCGCUUGGGAUUGCAUGAAAAUGAGGAAAACCAUCCUCAAUUUUCAAAUACCAAACUGGCCUUGGAAGCACUUGCCCAGCAAAGGUAUUUGCAGAAAGAAAAAGUUAAUGGUCCCGAAGGCAACAUUGUGUAUUAUGAGCUUGCAGAGAGAGCUCUAGAUGCACCUAUUUAUGACAAAAUCAAAGAGUAUGUAGCUCAGAUGGUGCAGAAAGAUGCAACGGCGUUAGAGACUGAUUAGCUAUCUCGUUUUGCCCAGCCGUACGUAGGACGAGUAAGCUACUCGACUACACAUCUUGUGUAUAAUCUUGAACUGUAAGUGAAUUCUUCUGGGUGGUGGUAGAAUUUGUUGGAGAUGAUUGAAUGGUGAUGAACAAUGUUGUAGAAUAAUCUUGAACUGUAACUUUUUGUAGCUAUUACUACUAUUAUUGGGGAAAAAAUAAUCUUGUGUAUA